GUCGGUUGGUGUGUGAGAUGUGGAGAACAUCGCGGGAACACUUUCUCCAUUUCAAAUGUAAAAAUGCCUUCAAAUUUUCCGAAACAAAUCAAAACGGCUGCAGCAGAAGUUUGGACUACAUCAUGGAUAAAUAAUGAGCAGCCAGAGUGGAAACAUCAUGUCAAAAUUCCGCCUCCAAAUCCAGAAGCCCAAGAACAAUGGCCCAGUCCCCUCGAAGCAGGAAAUACUGAAUGCACUGGAUAACUUUGGUGAAAAGGAGCCGCAUGCAAAUGGGAGGUUUCCACAUUCCCGGCCCUCUAAAAAUGGAGGUGCGGAUCAUGUCGCCCCUGGCCUGGCACUGACGGAACAGGAACAAAAGAGGAUGGAGUAUACUCAGAGCGUCAGCUUCUCAAAUUCGUAUUGUGAUGAGUGGGAGAGGCUGUUUGGCUUGAAAGAUUACCUGAAGGGAUUGAGGAGUCUUGGCCUAGAUGGCCUCCUCCGCAGCAGCAGAUUUAGGAGUGUUUGUUGGCGGCUGUAUCUUGAUGUGCUUCCCGAAGACCGCACAAAAUGGAUCCAGAAAACAAGAGAGCUGCGAGCAGAGUAUGCAGAGUUGAAGGAGAAAUUGAUUCUGAACCCUAGGAAAGAGAUGGAGGAAGAUCAAGAUCUGAUCUUUAACAAUCCACUCUCACAGGACCAAGAGAGCCCAUGGAACCGAUUCUUCCAAGAUAACGAGCUGAGGUUGACCAUAAAACAAGACGUGAUUAGGACUUUUCCCGAGCUGGAGUUCUUCCAUAACGAUUCCAUCCGAGAAAUCAUGACCAACAUCCUGUUCAUCACAGCGCGGGAAAAUUACGGCCUUCUAUAUCGACAGGGCAUGCACGAGCUGCUGGCGCCUCUCAUAUUCGUACUCCAUUGCGAUCAUCAGGCAUUCCUACAUGCAUGUGAGCUGGACACUGUCGAUAUGAUAGAGACUGCAGAAAGAGAUGUUGUGCAAGAGCUUCUUGAUACAACUUACCUAGAACACGAUGCUUAUUCUAUGUUCUGCCAAGUGAUGGAGACAUCAGAGCCCUGGUAUCAAUCACGCGAGAUCACGCCCCCCACCAAAGCCGAGGCUAUCUUGGUGGCACAGCCGUUCACGCGGCCCCAGGACAUGCAGCCUUCUAACGUGAUCGUGAACAAACUCACUCGCAUCCAGGACUACAUAUUGAAGAAACACGAUUUAGAAUUACACAUGCAUCUGGAGAGAUUGGAUAUUGCACCUCAGAUAUACGGAAUUCGGUGGUUGAGAUUAUUAUUUGGUCGUGAGUUUCCCAUGCAGGACCUCCUCGUGAUUUGGGACGCCAUAUUCGCUGACAGUAUUGCCUUUGAUCUGGUUGACUAUAUCUUUGUGGCCAUGCUCCUCUACAUCAGAGAUCUGUUAUUGACCAGCGACUACCCGAGCUGCCUUGGCAUCCUGAUGCGCUACCCCGCUGUAGGUGAUGUCCACUACCUCAUAGACAAGGCCAUGUACCUACGGGACCCGAAUAUACACCCGAGACCACCAAACUACACGUGUCAGCGGUUUAUACCUCAACCAUCGGUAACAUCUCCAGUCACAAGUACAAGUUCGAGUAGUCGUGGAAACUCAAACAAAUCAAGUGCCAAACAUAACAAAGGUCUGAGAGUAUCACACCGACCAAGACCAAAGUCUUUCCAUGGGUAUUUUUUAUCUCCCGAUGCAAGACAAUCACACAGUUCAUUCUCGGCCGUCGACCUUGCUAACAAAUUCAAAGCCUCCGCAUUCACCGGCUUCUCAUCGCUAACACGAAAAAUGAAUAACUCGUCGUCGUCACGGCCGAAGAGCCUGACACUAUCCGCUUCCUCCCAACCACUUCACAAAUCCACCAGUGAACCUAUGAAUUUACUAACGGACGUUUCACCAGAAGUGCCCCAGAAAGAUGCGCAUCGUAAACUAUCGAGUGCUAGUCUGUCCAUGGUGGAGACCAUGCGCGAUGAUCUUUCAGAUACUCCCGUCAGACCUGCCGUCUCUGCGCAGAGUCUGGCCCGAAUGGAAACGCUCAGCCUGAGAUCAUCCGAAUCGAAUGCUAGUCCCCAGAAAAUGGAACAAUUCUCCCCAGAGAAGCAAUAUGGUGCUAAUGGAUCAAAGUCUAAAUCACUGCCGAAUAAGUCAAAGGUGAAAAGACAUCGCAAGACGGACUCUGGGAACAUUGUGGUUCAGAAUGACUCGGCCUUUUUUCAAGGUCGCAUCAAUGACAUGGAGGCUAUGUGUAAAUACUGUGCUAGCAAGAUGGACAUUCAUAUUGAAAAACUCCAGAAUAUGCUUUUGAAACAACCAGUGCUUGAAAGUGAAGAUGAAAUAUAUUUGGCGGUGGCUGGCAUUAAACAGGUUAGAGAUGUUCUUAAAGGGACUUUGAAAUUUGCUCACAACGUCUUGGAUAGCGAUGAGAUUAGUAUAAACGACAACCAUUAUGGUGCAGAGCCCACACCGGUUAUGGACACAAAGUUAGAUGCAAAUAAUGCAAGUGAUAGUAAUGAAAGCCCACCAGAUUUGGAGAAUGUGGAAACGAGUGGGAAUAAUUUCCAUGUCGAUCAGGUGAUACAGGACUAUGUGAAUAUUGAUAAUGAUUGUAACGGUGGCGAUGCCAUGAAUAAACGUGUGCCAAUCAGUGUGGAGUUAGGCCGGGGACUCCACCGUGUGGAUAAUGUGAGAACUACCCACCGCCGGACUGGGAGCUCUGGUUCUAGUACGAAAGGAUUUGGGCAGUCAAGUUCUGAUACAGAGAAUCAGAAUUAUGAUUCAGAAGAGAAUGCCAACUUGUUUUCAUAGUAGUGACUUGUGCCAUCAAACAAAAUGCUUGUCACUCUGAAGGAGGAUAGCGCCGACGGAAGUUGAUCUUCUGAGGCGGCAGCACCAACAAGUCAAGAUUGAAAUCUUGAAAAAAUUGACCCUUAACCUGGUCACACACACACACACACACUGACAGUGAUACAGAAGGUGUUGGGACCAUUGUAGAAUAAAAAAUGUUGAUGAUGUCUUAUUUGAAUUGUGUGUGUGUGUGCGUGUGUUAGUGGGGUAGGGGCUAGGGUUGCACUGAAGAAAAAGCAGAGCGUCUGAACCCUCCUGACUCUCCAACUGCACUUGAUGUACAUGUAUGGCCAUUGCAAUAUAAUUAGAUUGCAUUUAGUAGACAAAAAUGUGACUGUUAAUUGUGUCUGUAUUAUAGUUUGUGGAACAAAGUUCCGUUCUGAAUAAUGCUGGUAAUUAUAAGUGUGAAGAUGUUAAACCAGGGUCAUAAUAGUAUAGUCAUGUGAUGUAAUAUUCAUAAUAUUCUAGCAUCUUAAUGUAAAUAGGUGUAAAUUUAAGAGUUCUAUAUAUAUGGAUGAUACUCCUCUUGUGAUGCACAAUAUCUCUGGGAAAACUUUCUUGUUGAUCAAACAAAAUACUAAGGGUGUCCCAAAAUGAAAUUCCAUUUUGAUCAUCUGUGAGAUGUGGGGAAAGAAAUGCUUGUAGAAUAUAAUAUUGCUGAACUCCAACAAACGGCAUAGAAAGUGUAGCGAGGUUAGGGGCCCCCUCAAGUGUCGAUCAACUUAUUUGGCUAUGCGAGGUAUUAUUGUGUAUACAUGUACUUGUAUUGGACAUGUGUAAAUUUGAACAGUUCUAGGUUCACCAUUUUAAGCAAUUGUAUGUCUUAAAAGGCCAAUGCCUUAAAAUUAUAAAUUUAUGAUUAUGGGAUACAGUCUGCCAUGUCUUCGUUUGGGACUAGAAUAGACUGAUCAGCAUUAUAAGAUGUGCUAGUUUGUAUGUGAAAGGCCUGGGAUCUUAAAGUAGUUAAAUGGGUUGAGUAGUCCUUAAAAGGAGUUGCAGUCAUGCAAUCGACAUGGUCUCUCUGACUGUCUCUUAAGCUCUCCUGAGGUGUUACUGAACCAGUGUCACAGAUGAACUUUUAUGUGAAAUGUAUGAUAUAUCAUUGUGAUGUUUACUCAACCAACUAAUUGUGAUCAUAUAAAUGUGCAUGUGCUUCUUUUUUAUUUCGAUUUGGGAAUUCUAACAUGGGACGUUCUAAAUAAAUGACAUCCAAGUGAAGGUUAACGCCUUUGUAUUCAGAAUGUUGUGGACAGCAAUAAGUCCCGAGUCCACAGCGAAUCAUGGCUUAGAGAUUUUUUAAAAUUCUAAGGUACAUGUAUGUCUGUAUUUCAACAAUGGGUUAAUUUUUUUCAUUUCUGAAAUAAGUCUUGUUCUUAUUGCAAUGUCAACCACCAACCAUUCCCAGGCGAUUGACUGUACUGUUGAUUAAAUCUUUAUUUACUUAUGUUGAAUCCGUAAUUAAAUAAAUUGAUAUUUGAAUUAUUACAAA